AACGAAAGGCGAGUGAAGAGGAGAAAGAGAAAGAGAAAGAGAAAGAGAAAGAGAAAGAGAAAGAGAAAGAGAGAAGUAAUAAAGAACAAAACUUAACAUCGUCAGCGUAUGACAGAAACAAAAACAAAAAUAAAACCCUCUUUCUUUUUCUUCUUCUUCUUCUAGUCAUUUUAAUUUUAAUUUUAAUUUUAAUUUUAAUUUUAAUUUCAAUUUUAAUUCCCUUCCUCUAUUCUCAACCUGUUUUCGUUCACUUCAUGAAAGAGCACUCAAACGGCAUCGUUUGACCGAAAGAGAGAGUAAUUAUGGCUGAGAAAGCUUACCUACAACUGAAGGAGCUAGGAUCCAAGCUCGACAUCGUUCCCACUUCCAAAGACGCUCUCAUCAAACUCUUGAAGCAAGCGACCACAUGCCUUGCUGAGUUGGAUCAGUCACCUUUGACUACAACACGGGAUUCAAUGAACCCCUUUUUUAAUGCAAUUGUUAAGCCAGAAUUGCUUAAGCACCAAGAUAGGGAUGUCAAGCUUCUAGUUGCAACAUGUAUUUGUGAGAUAACUCGGAUCACUGCACCAGAAGCUCCUUAUAAUGAUGAAAUUCUAAAGGAUACCUUUCGGUUGAUUGUAAGCACUUUUAGUGGUCUAAGUGAUACUAGCGGUCUAUCCUUUGGACGGAGAGUUGUUAUAUUGGAGACUCUUGCAAAAUAUAGGUCGUGUGUUGUGAUGUUGGAUCUUGAAUGUUAUGAUCUGGUGAAUGAAAUGUUCAGUACUUUCGUUACAGUUGCCAGAGAUGAUCACCCAGAAAGUGUCCUGUCAUCCAUGCAAACUAUAAUGGUGGUUCUCUUAGAAGAGAGCGAAGAUGUGCACGAGGAUCUGUUAUCUAUUUUACUUUCUACAUUAGGCCGUGGAAAUAAAGGUGUUACUAUGGCUGCAAGAAGACUUGCCAUGAAUGUCAUACAGCAAUGCAUGGGAAAACUUGAACCCUGCAUUAAACAGCUUUUGCUAUCGUUGAUGUCUGGAGAUAGCAAGCUAGUGAACAGACAAAUUGAAUACCAUGGAAUUAUCUAUGAUCUGUAUUGCUGUGCUCCUCAGAUCCUUUUUGGAGUUCUCCCUUAUGUGACCGGAGAGCUACUGACGGACCAAUUGGAAACCCGCUUGAAAGCAAUGAACUUGGUUGGUGAUAUGAUUUCUCUUCCUGGAACUUCCAUUCCUGAAGCAUUUCAGCCCAUAUUUUCAGAAUUCUUAAAAAGGUUGUCUGAUAGAGUUGUUGAGGUUCGAAUGUCUGCCCUUGAGCAUGUAAAGAACUGUCUGCUGUUGAAUCCUUUUAGAGCCGAAGCUUCACAGAUAUUAUCUGCACUUUGCGAGCGGCUGCUGGAUUUUGAUGAAAAUGUUCGAAAGCAUGCUGUGGCUGUUAUAUGUGAUGUGGCAUGUCAUGCCCUAAAUGCAAUUCCACUUGAAACUGUGAAACUUGUAGCAGAACGGCUUCGUGAUAAAUCUCUACUUGUUAAAAAGUAUACAUUGGAGAGAUUGGCUGAAGUGUAUAGAGUUUUUUGUGAGAAAAGCUUUGUCGCAGACAAUCUCAAUGGGUAUGACUGGAUUCCUGGAAAGAUUGUUAGAUGUUUCUAUGACAAAGAUUUCAGAUCUGAUAUAAUUGAAUCUGUUUUAUGUGGAUCCUUAUUUCCAGUAGAGUUUUCAAUUAGUGAUAUUGUUAAACACUGGGUUGGAAUUUUCUCUGGAUUUGAUAAAGUGGAGGUCAAGGCUCUUGAAAAGAUAUUGGAGCAGAAACAAAGGUUACAGCAAGAGAUGCAGAAGUAUCUGUCUCUGAGGCAGAUGCAUCAGGAUAAAGAUGUUCCUGAGGUCCAAAAAAAGACUUUUUUCUGUCUCAGAGUAAUGUCCCAUUCGUUUUCUGACUUCAUAAAGGCCGAAGAGAGUUUCCAGAUUCUUGAUCAGUUAAAAGAUGCUAAUAUCUGGAAGAUUUUGGCAAAUCUUGUUGACCCAAAUACUACCCUCCAUCAAGCACGCACCUAUCGGGAUGAUUUGCUUAAAAUACUUGGUGUGAAGCAUCGUCUCUAUGAUUUUCUUAAUACCUUCUCUGUGAAGUGCUCGUACGUGCUUUUCAACAAGGAGCAUGUAAAAGCGAUUCUUGCAGAAACAGUAGCUCAAAAUUCUGCAGAGAAUGCUCACUGCACACAAUCUUGCAUUAAUUUAUUGGUGAUCAUUGCUCGUUUCUGUCCAUUGCUUCUUAGUGGUAGUGAGGAGGAACUGGUGAAUCUACUGAAGGAUAAUAAUGAUAAGAUUAAAGUGGGUAUUCUGAAUGUUUUAGCUAAGGCCGGUGCUACUAUUCGUAAACAACUUUCAGUAACAUCAAGUUCAGUAGACCUUAUAUUGGAGAGGUUAUGUUUAGAAGGCAGUCGGAGACAGGCAAAGUAUGCUGUCCAUGCAUUGGCUGCAAUAACAAAGGAUGAUGGCCUCAAGUCUCUUUCUGUUCUAUACAAGAAACUUGUAGAUAUGCUGGAAGAAAAAACACAUCUGCCUACUGUAUUGCAGUCUCUGGGGUGUAUAGCGCAGACUGCAAUGCCUGUUUUUGAAACUAGAGAGAGUGAAAUUAAAGAAUUUAUAACAGACAAGAUUCUAAAAAGUGAUGGUAAAGAUCACACUAGAACAUCUUGGGAUGAUAAAAGCGAUCUCUGUAUGUUGAAGAUAUAUGGCAUUAAAACCUUAGUAAAUAGCUACUUGCCUGUCAAAGAUGCUCAUGUUCGUCCUGAUAUUGAAAGUCUUCUGGAUAUCCUUAGGAAUAUACUAUCUUUUGGUGAAAUAUCGAAGGACUUGCAAUCAAGUCCAGUUGAUAAGGCCCAUUUGAGGCUUGCUGCUGCAAAGGCUGUUAUUCGUUUGUCAAGGCUAUGGGAUCAAAAGAUACCAGUUGAUAUUUUCCACUUAACUUUAAGGCUAUCUGAGAUUAGUUUUCCUCAAGCUAAGAAGGUUUUCUUAAGCAAAGUUCACCAAUAUGUUAAAGACCGCCUUUUGGAUACCAAAUAUGCAUGUGCCUUCUUAUUCAACAUAUUUGGAUCCAAGCCACAUGAAUUUGCAGAGGAUAAACAGAAUCUGACAGACAUUAUUCAAAUGCACUAUCAUGCGAAGGCACGGCAAAUUCCUGUGCAAUCAGAUGCAAUUUCCUCGACCAUUUACCCGGAAUACAUCCUUCCAUACCUAGUUCAUGCACUUGCUCAUCACUCAUGUCCCAAUGUUGAGGAGUGCAAGGAUGUUGGAGCAUAUGAUAAUACAUACCGGCAGUUGCACCUAAUACUGUCAAUAUUACUCCAAAGAGACGAAGGUGCCAAGUCAGAAGAAACUACUGACAAAGAAAAGGAAAUUAUAUCUACCAUCACUUCUAUCUUUCAGAGUAUCAAACUUUCUGAAGACACGGUUGAUACAUCAAAGACAAAGAAUUCUCAUGCAAUAUGUGACCUUGGGUUAGCAAUAACUGAACGGUUAGUGCAGAAGGAUGUUGAUCUGCAAAAAUUGUCCCAUUCAAUGCCUCUGCCUCCAAUGCUAUACAAAGCAUUUGAGAAGAAGGAAGGAGAUGACACUAUGAUAAGUGAGGUGAAAAGCUGGGUUGUGGAUGACUCCACAUUGGCUCACUUUGAAUCUCUUGAACUGGAAAUGGUUCGAUCCCAAUUAGCUGAGGAUGAAGCUUCAAAGGACAAUGAAGAAAAGGAAAAUGAAAUGCCUCUGGGAGUGAUGUUAAAGCACAUCAAAUCUCAGGGAAUUAGUGGCAAAAAAGUAAAAAAAGUGAAGUCUGUGCCAGCUGAAACAAAAAAGGUUGAAAAUGAUAAUGGCAUCUUAAAUACGGACCGACAGACCAACUUGGACAACAUGGGGUCAUCUAUUAAUGUUGAACCAUGUAAUGGUCGUGGGCAUUCUUUAAGUAAGAAAACACCGAAGGAUCCAGAGCAUACUACAGGUCAAAAAAGAAAAACUGGAGAAACAACACCUGCUCCCGUGUCUAAACGAAGUAGGUCUUCCUCUGCUCAUGGUAAACUGAGAUUAUCAACUAAUACGUUAAAUUCAUCUCCAAGAGGUUCAGGAGUAAACUCCCCUGGAGCAAAAUUAGUGUUGGAUGCAGAAAUAAAUCCUGAUACAGAUAGCGAAACCAUGCAGAGAAUAACAGUCAAAGACUUGUUAGUGUCCUCACUAAAACGAAAAGUUAAGGGCUCUGAAAGCUAUCAUAACGAAGAGUCGAAUAAACAUGUUGAAUACGACAUGAAGAGUCCUGAUGAUAUGAAACAAAGCGAAAAGACUACAAGUACUAAUUCCAAGUCAUCCACACAUUUUAGUAAAAAGACUAAAAGAAAAAGUAUUACAGGAUUGACUAAGUGCGCGAUGAAGGAAGGUGAAAUUGAUACUGAAGAUCUAAUUGGUUGCAGAAUUAAAAUUUGGUGGCCUACGGAUAAGAAAUAUUAUGGAGGCACUAUAAAGUCUUAUGAUCCUUCAAAAGGGAAACAUGUGAUAUUAUAUGAUGACGGAGAUGUAGAAAUACUCCGUUUGGAAAAGGAGCGCUGGGAGCUUUUGGACAAGGGUCGUAAAUCUACUAAGAGGAUAAAACUCUCUGGGCACAAAAAUAAAGGUUCAAGUGGUUCACCAAGUAAAAAGAAAAAAGAGAUAGUUAAUGGUAAACAAUCUCCAAGCAAGCCUGUAAAACAUAGACAAAAGCAUGCAUCAAAAAGUUAUUUCCAUCAAGAGGAGGCCAAAGAGACUUCUGAUAUAUCAAAUCCUGAAGAGACCAUGACCUCUAAAGCUGAUGAGAUGAACUCAGGUGGUUCAGAAGAGGAACUGGCUACAGGGAUGGAUGAAAUCACAACAAAGGGGAAGAAAUCUAACAAGAAAGUAAGAUCUGUUUCCAGAAAAAAGAGGCUCAAGAAAACCAAGAAUUUUCGUUAUAUGGAAGAAUCAGACCAAGAUAAACAGGAUUAUAGUGAUAUGAUUUCUGAAGAUAAAGAGAGUGUCCCACAAUAUAGCUCAGAAGAGAGAAAAGCGGAUGAAUCAACUGAAGCUCUGAGGGAAAAUGUUCAAGGAGAAGAAGAAUUGGAGUCUGAGGGGGAUCAAGAUAACAGCGAUGUUGGGGUUAGUCCUGGAGAAACAGAGAAAUCACAUAUAGAGCCAUCAAGUCCUGAUGAUGUCAGCAUUGCUGAGAUUUCUGACGACGUUCCUUUGAGCAAAUGGAAGUGUCAGACGGGUAAGAAAAACUCAAGGAAAACGCGGUGAGCAGUUUAACAGCUGUAGCUUGUCUCUGUCAAGAUUGCUGCAGAGGUGGUGAUGUGCUGUACAAGUAUUGGCGUGAAUGAUGACUGUGGAAUUGGAGAUAUUUUGUUAUUAACAUAUUAAUAGUUAUGCUCCAUGCCUUACUACAGUCACACUGUUGAAUGUGUAAAAUAACACUAGUUGAAAAGGAAAAUUUGAAAGAUUUUUUUUAGGGUUAUGUUCCUGAUAAAUGAAUGACCUUUUGUUAGUACAGGUGAUAGGUUCAGCAUAUGAUUCAUUUAGGUGUUUGCUUACCCUUCCAACAUAGAUGAUAUAAUUGACCGGGACAAGAUAAUCAACAAUGUGUACAGCUAUAUGUGGGGAUAUUCGUAUCUUUAUUAUUUAUACUUCUGUAUUGUUAACUGAUGAAACUUUAAAGGACAACCAUACUAUCAACUCCUUAAUUUGUAUGGAAUCAUUGACACCAAAAACAGGGUGAAGAAUUCAAAAUUUGUAUUUAAAUCACCAAGAGAAUAGAGGUAUUUAAAUUUAGCAUGA